CCUGCAUCCGGAUAUUUAAAGUACCACCUACCAAUUACUCUGAAAAAUAUAAAGAAAUAUGAUCGCGCCAACAGCUUAAUUGCCCAAAUCUCGCGGUGUUUGGACACUGAAUUCUCGCGAGCAUCUCCGGACUCCGAAAGUGAAGAGGAGAAAUGGAGAGAUGAGGGCUGAGAAGGAGCCGACAACGGGAAGCAGAGAGAGAGGCGUCGUCGAGAUACAGCUGAGAGACGCUCACAGGGAGCAGGACAGCGCCGCGGCCAAUUUAAAGCACAAAGAGGAGAAAAAGGAAAUCUUCACCAAGGUUGUGAUUCGACGUCUUCCACCGAGCCUAUCAAAAGAACAGCUUGAGGAGCAUCUCAGUCCACUACCUUCUUAUGACUAUUUUGAGUUUUUUCCUGCAGAUCAAAGCCUAUAUCCACAUCUUUUCUCCAGAGCAUACAUCAACUUUAAAAACCCAGAGGAUAUUGUUCUAUUCAGAGAUCGUUUCGAUGGUUAUGUUUUUAUUGAUAAUAAAGGUCAAGAGUAUCCAGCAAUUGUAGAAUUUGCACCAUUUCAGAAGGUUUCCAAGAAGAAGCUCAAGAAAAAAGAUGCCAAGGCCGGAAGCAUUGAAGAAGAUCCAGAAUACAGAAGAUUUCUGGAGAACUACUCAUGUGAUGAGGAGAAGUCAAUGGCCAAUCCAGAAACACUGUUGGGAGAAAUUGAGGCUAAAACAAGAGAGCUAAUAGCUAAACGGACAACACCACUUCUGGAAUAUAUUAAGAACAAGAAGUUGGAAAAGCAGAGAAUUCGGGAGGAAAAAAGGGAGGAGAGGAGACGCCGGGAACUAGAAAAGAAACGCCAAAGGGAAGAGGAGAAAAGGAAACGGCGAGAAGAGGAGAGGCGAAAACGCAAAGAAGCAGAGAAGCAGAAGAAGCUGUCUGAAAAGGAUAUCAAAAUUAAGCUUUUAAAGAAAUGUGACAGGGAUGAUGAGGUGGAAUCAGACAGACUAAAAGACAAAGGAGACAGUGGAGAAACUGAGAGGAACAAGUGGGACAAAUCCUCAGGUCACACUAAGGCAAAGGAACCUAAAGACAGUAGAGUUCAGCUAGAAAGUGAUAAGGAGCAGCGGGAUGGCCACAGUCGCCGACAGAGAGAUAAAGAUCAGAGGUGCAGAGAAGAGGAGCGCAAGCGGCAACGGCAUCAUUAUGAGUUUGACAAAUUCAUGCGGCGCAAGGAGGAGACCAAAUGGGGGAAAGGCUACUGUCAUGACCGGGCAAAGAAAGAUGGCCAUCACCAUGGCUACUCCUACUGCCCAGAGAUGGGGGAUAAGUCAAGCAAGGAGGACCGGGAUGAAAUGGGGAGCAGAAAGGAACGUAUACGUAAUAAGUCUGUAUUAGUGCAUCAGGAGAAAAGGACCUCCCAGUCUGAGGGGCCAGACCAGAUAGGAGGGGCUCUGCCAGCCAAGGACCGACCUGCCAUGCAGCUGUACCAGCCAGGAGCCCGUAACCGUAAGCAUGUGGGGUCUGGGAACAAAGGCUUUGACUUCAGCCGGCUCUCUCCAGAGCCAAUCAGUGAACCCUGCUAUGAGCUGACCAUAGGAACAGGCUCUGAGAAAAGUGGAGAUGAGUGACAGAAAAAGUGUUCUUCAAGGCAAAGGGCAUAGUAGUAUGGCCAGAAAAUAAACCUCUCUGAUCAUGUUUCCUAUGUGUAUUUCCAUGUGCAUAAUUCAUUGAUUAUGUUAAUGUUAAUAGAUUCUACUAUGUGUUUAAGUUGUUAAAGAAUACUGCCUCAUUGGAUUAACAUUUUUCUACAUUUUUAAAAAAAGCACUUAUGACAUGUUGUUUGUUAACCCUUGUUGUUUGUUGUUCUAUGAUAAAAUCCCUCAUCAUUUACAGAGGACAGAUUUAUAUGCCUUUUGUAGGAAUCAUAUAGAUUGCAUUACAUGAAAGAGUUUAUGAAUAUGGUAGUACAGAAAGUGUACAGAUUUUACUGUAAACAUAAAGUAUAAUCAUAAACAAAUGUUGUGAAUUGCAUAUUUUUAGUAUAUGAUAUGUAUGUUUCUGUUGUGCAACUGCAGAAAAGGUUCAUAAAAGGAACUUAAAAACUGUAUGUGUGCAUAUGCACAUUACUUAUUUUAGCGUGGAUGUAAAAAGCACUUACUUAUUUAAGUAAUUCAGCAUGUACCUCUUUAUUUUAGAUAAUAAUACAAAAAUGCCUGAUCUUUUAUAUAUUAAACUGACAUUUAGUAUUUUUGUACUCUUGUAGUACUCCUAAAUUAAGUCUAACUCCUAAUGUAAGCUAAGAAGUACAUAUUUUCGCUUUGAAUAUGAGUAAUGGAGAAUGACUAACUAGAAUUUUGCUUAGAUUUACGGCAAAUGUCAUCAAAAUAUCAAUUGUGCUUUUUAUACUGUUGUAUAAUUGAUGGCAGUUGUGAUUUACAUGCCUUGGUGACAUGUAUUUUUUUUUUGCUCUCAUUCGAAAGACCAAGAAAACUAAGCCUUUUCACAUGAAAAAUUACAUUACAAUGCAUUUUGAUGGAUUUAUUAAU